ACACUUUAAUAAUCACAUACUCUGAUAUUAUUAUGUAUACAAUUAGGUCGGGCACACAUCAGAUCAUUCAGUCGGCGAGCGGCGCCGCGCGGCGACAUCAUGCGUUGCAUACUCGACGAUCAUUAAAAUAUUUUCAAAUACAUACUUAUAUUUCAGUCGAUUCGGUCUUAGUGCCAUUACGAAUUCGGAUGAUACUAGACGCUACCCGUGAAACAAACAGAAUAUACUAUGUGUAGUACAUGACGCGUGGCGUGAGUCCCAAUGACGCUCGAACAUUGCUUUAAACAUAGUUACUCAAUUUUCUAUCGCUACAAGGUAUAACGCUGAGUACACCGGCCGCCGCGCGCCUGCUGCCUGCAUUUAUAUACUUAUGCAAUAAAGAAGGUAUAAUUUCAUUAUAAGACCUAGCCUACCCUAAAUAAUGCAUUGUAUGGGGAUCACACUUUAGCUUAGGCACUGUAUCAGCGCUGACGGCUUAUAACAAACUACGUAUCCUCUGACACGACUUACACGGUACACGCAACGUGCUCAGUUACAUAUAGAACACGAGGGCAGUGUUUAGAAAGGCCGCUCCAGUCGUAGUUACUGGCGCAUACAGCACAGUAUAACGUCGGGGCUUGCGCUCGCGCCGACCUGUUAUUUCCAUCUCUAACUACACGAAGCUCGUCAAGGCACUUCGGCCAAUGAAUCACUAUCCUGAUUCUGAUUUCUUAUAUAACGAUGUUAAUGGGAGCCCUGCCUCACUAGGACGCCAUGGUGACGUUGGCUUCUUCUGGAAUCGGAGCGGCGCCAAGUCGAGUAGCCAUGACAUCUCGAUAAAUGACAGGCCACUCUGCGUUCAAAUUGGCGACUAAGGGCGCGUUCCCACCGUGUCGUGACGACAGAUAAUCGUGUAGUUUUAAGUGUCGUGGCUUAUAUGUUUAAAUGGAGGUGUUCACAUUUAGAACGACACAAUUUACUGUCGUCUACGACAGUUUUUGCAGUGACGACACUUUGUCGUGACAGUAGGAACGGCAAGCACGACAGUCGUAAAACGAUAAAAAAUCGUGGACGGCAACUGUGUUUUCCCUUCCCUCUCGCACCCGCGCGCCCCUCGCGUCUGUACUCGGUUUGCUUUGUGCGUGUUAGAACUUGUCAGACUCCUGCGCAUGGUGGACGUAUAACAAUGGCUAAUAAUAUAACACCGGAAGUUUUAAUUCCACUUGUGGAACAAAGGGCUGUCCUUUGGGACAAAACUUUAGACGUUUAUAAAGACAAAGGUUUGAAAUUAGCCGCGUGGAGAGAAAUUUGUUGCGUUUUUGAACCUAAUUUUGACAAGUUGGAGGAAAAGGAAAGAAAAGAUUUCGCUACACACAUAUCUACAAAGUGGACACAUAUUCGAGAUGCAUUUAUGAGAUCCCUGAAAAAUGAAAAAGAAAAAAAGCGAUCUGGUGCAGGCGCAAAAACAACUAGGCCGUAUGUUUAUAAGAAUCAGCUGUCUUUUUUAUUAAAAGUUACUGAGCCCCGUAUGACCUCUGAUUCAUCUAAUGAGCCUAAUAAUUCUAUCUCUGAUACAUUAAGUGAUGCAGCACCUUCUACUCAAAAGAAAACUAAGACUGACACAUUAGAUGAUAAAAUGUCACAAUUUCUUGAUUAUAAAUUAAAUAAUCAAGAACACCCACAUGUGUCCUUUAUUAAAGGAAUUUUACCAUCUUUGGCAUCAUUCGACAAUGAUGACAAUUUUGAAUUCCAAACGGGUAUUAUGCAACUGAUCCAAAAAAUUAAAAAGAAACGCCUUCGUAAUAAUUUAUAUGAUACUUAUGCAAACUAUGGUGACUAUCAAAACCAUUUAUCACAACCGACAGGAUAUUUUACACAAGAUCCAGAUGCAUCAACUUCGACUAGCAAUCAAGUUAUGGAACCGGCUGCAUCACCAAAUUCAGUCUAUACUAAUUUGUCUGAUAACACACAAGAUUCUUUUAAUUUUGACAAUAUAUAAUUUAAAGAUGUCUUUACUUAUAAAACGUGUAACUCUAAAAUAAAUAUCUAAAUAAAUAAAUGUAUACAUUAAUAAAGAAUUUUCAUUUUAUUUACUUACCUUAAAGUUAUCACUAGUCUUUCUUCGGCACUUAUACAAUUUCUGAAAUAUGUGUUUUCUCUUCUAAGAUUGUCUGCAAGUCGUGCCAGUAGGCUAUCAAAGGUGGAGACAGUCAUUCUUAAAUACUCAUAAAACUUUCCAUCAUCACUUUUUAAUUCUUCUAUAUAACUCUGACAUAAUCCUAAUGGAAUUCUUUUCAUUAACAUUGGAUGUACCCAGUACUUUCUUUUCCUUGCUUGCUUCAUUUUCCUUCUUUUCAAAAAGUAAUACAUUAUUAAAAUUUCAUCUUCGUCCAUUGAACUCAGGAGAGUAAACGCACUAGUGAUCACCAAGCGAACGCAGAGGCGACUAGAUUUGUAGCUUGCUGAUGAUGUGUAAACGACAAAGCGACUGCCGGGAAACGAUAAAAUGUCGUCGCGUUCCAAUGGGAACAGCUAGAUACGACAGUCGCUAAAUGAUAAAAAAUGUUGACGACAAACAAUCGUUAUAAUGGGAACAGGUGGAGACGACAGUCGUCGAACGAUAAAUUAGUCGUCACGACACGGUGGGAACGCGCCCUAAGUAGCGAGCCAGUAAGCGAGGCGCUAUGUCGCCGCCGGCGGCUUUCGUCGGAGCCCUGCCUAGUUGGCGCGGGACGUAAACAAGGCUCACUAAGGUGCAAUAUCUCCUGCGACUACAGAUUACUUAGAUACAAAGGGAAGCCAUGGCGUCCAACGUGGCAGAGCUCCAAAGCUCUACUCAGUUCGGUAGAACAACCAUUUUAUAGCUUUUUUGUACAAACGUUAUCUAUUCGAAUCGAGCAUAACAUAAUUUAUAUAUACUUAUACAUCCCAAUAACAAUAACAUGAAAUAAAUUAAACUCGUUAUAAUAAUAAUAAGGUUCUCAGAAAUAUUGCAAUAUUACCUUGUUAUACGCAAUGGAUGCCAGCAACACAAUGUACUCCCUACAUCUGUCUGCACUAGUAAUACCACUCGCACGAAUCGAGCAGCCUAUGUAGGUGUGAAGGUAGUAUGUAGUCAUACUACCACCCACACAUUGCGUGCAGAUACGUAAAUGCAUUUAGAAUAAUCGUUCAUGAUAUGGCCAGCACCAUCAUUAUAUGACAGGCCGGCGAGGCCGCGGGGGG